AUGUAUAACCCAACUACAGGACAAUCUGUCGAAUCCGGUCGCGAUCAAGGUCACACACAGUCGGGCAUCGCAUGGACUGCUUACGGAGCUCGCGUCGCACAAAGCCAAGGGGUCGAUCUAUAUGGAAUUGGAGACAAUCGCUUGCUCAAAGGUUCCGAGUACACAGCCAAGUAUACUUGA